AUGCAUUUCUGAGUCUCCAUCUCCAAGCAAGCAAGCAUGCCGCUUCUCGAAGGCCGAUAAAGUCACAUAUAAACUCUUUGCUAUAAUUUUUGUGUCUGUGCUGUGUUUUCUUUAAUCGGCAUCUUUCAAGUUAUCAUCUCUCUUUUGCUGACUGCUGCAGGUGGAGACUCUGGAGAGCAUUUACGAUCGUUUCAUUUCCAACAGCUCUGGUGGACUUAAAUUUAAUGCAAUUGUAAUAUUUCACGAUGACAUCAAUGGCGAAGCCUAUUUUUCAAACAAUUGAUUUUUUUGGAAAGGAUGCCAAAAGCAGCCAAGCAAUCACAGGCACAGACAUUAAAAUCAUUCAAAGUCUUGGGCAGCAUGAAAUUGGUAGCUCACAAGUCAAGAUGAAGAACAUGGUUGAUUAUGUAUGGGAGGAACGCUUCUACACAGGACAACUCCUCGCUGUGCAUAUCGGUGGAAAGUACCUAGCAUAUGGUAUUAAAGCUAAAACCUCAACGGGUGUGAUUCGAGUCAUUAACAGCGAAACAUCAGCACGUGUUCUCAUCCGUGGAAUGGAAGGACUUGUUCAAGACAUAGCUUUUGCUCACAUAAUGAACCAUGUAAUUUUAGCCUCGGUAGAUGAAAAAGGCAACCUUUUCAUUCAUCGGGUCUUGGAAAGUAAAGACUCUGAAACAGCGCUAGAGAGUGAACUGCUUUUACAUGUCAUCCAGGACUCAGAUCUUGACUACUGUGGACCGCAUAGAGUGAUAUGGUGUCCUUUUAUCCCUGAUGAUGAUACAAAAUCACCGGGUGAAAUAAUUGAAGAUGUCUCCACGCUACUUGUCUUAACAAGAGGCACAAAGGCUGAACUGUGGAAUGUAGGCAUGGUACAGAAUGCUCAUGGUGUUGGACCAGUCAAGCCUAGUACUGUGACAGAAGGUUAUCUAGAAAUAAACGAACAUUCAGCCUGCAUUGUCGAUGCUGCCUUCUCACCUGAUGGCACAGCAAUUGCAACAGCAGCCCUUGAUGGUGAAAUUAAAUUUUUUCAAGUUUACAUGGCCAAUUCUACAAAACCAAGGUGUCUUCAUCAGUGGGUUCCUCAUGAUAAGAAACCAUUAUCCUCUCUCUUCUUUUUAGACAAUCACAAAUCAUAUAAUCCAGAGAUCCAAUUUUGGAAGUUUGUCAUCACAGGAGCCGAAAAUAAUUCAGAAUUGAAAGUAUGGUCCUGUGAAACAUGGACUUGUCUGCAGACUAUCAAUUUUGUCUCAUCAACCAAUUCAAAGCUUCAACUUAAAGCCAGCGUUGACCUUGCUGCUAACUAUCUUGUUCUAUCAGACAUCCAAUUAAAAGUCUUAUAUGUCUUUGAAAUAUUCAUGAACUGCAAAAAAACAACAACUUUCUUGAUUUCUGUAUCGGAAUUUACUGUUCCAACAGCUGUUCUUAGUUUUGACAUUGUUGAUGCUGGGAAGAAAAAAGUCAAAGCAGAUAGCACCUUUGUUUUAGACGACUUAUGCAAUGGGAAUGGAGAUCUUGAAGAAUGUGAAGGAGAUGAAAACACAGUUGUUGUUGUGCGAAUGUAUUUAGUCCAGCCUAAGUCUUUGCAAGACUGUCACAUUAUCUUUCCACCUGUCUCCAACGAGCCUGAAACAUCGAAUGUGCUUUGUUCUCUGUCCCAGGAAGAUUUUUUGCCCAAAGAGGAAGAUCCAACAUUGCCUGCAGUUGAUAUAUCAGAGCAAGUCAUUCAAUCAGCACAAGAUUUUACCAGUGCAAAUCACACAUCUGGGCAAGCACUCAACCUCAUGACACCAGACGCAUUUGCGGCGCCUGUGAAACCAGAAACUUGCAGCCUGUCCCAAAGCCCACCAGAUUUUGUCAAACAAGAAGAAGUAAGAGAAAAGCUCAAUCAACUUCUAGCUUCAGCCAGCCCUCCAACAUCACAGUUGAAAGAAGCAUCUGUUGUCAAUAAUGAGACAGCUCCAGAUUACCCUCAUUAUGCCAGUGGUGGAAGCAGCCCAAGCCGAGAAGUUCAAGAAAUAAUGCUUCCCUUGACAUCAAGUCAAUGUUACUUCCCUAAAGCAAAACCACCGCAACCAGAUAAUUAUACCAAGGAAUCAAAGUUUCCGGAAGAUUAUGUUAAGGAGUCAAAGUUCUCAGAGGCUAAUGUCAUAAAAUUCAAACCCUCCAAUCUCUCAAGUUUCCAAGGAAUGUGUGAAGUUGAUAUAUCGGAUUCAAACAGAAGCAUCUCUAAUAGGAGGCGAGACUCUGAUCUUGGACUAAAUACUAGCAGCAAAGAUGUAGACCAAAUGAGCAAAACUUUGCAAAAACUGGAGGCAGCUGUAAAUAAUAUGACAUUAACAAAUAACGCAUUGGUUCAAACAAUGAUUGACCACCAGACGGAAUAUAAGGAAUAUAUGCAAGAUCUAAAGGAAGAAAUUGCAAGAAUCGAAGGAGUUGUGACAAGAGGGACUCAACAACAGAUUGUAGCGCUCUCUCGAGAAGAACGACAGAACACUGAAACUGUGGUUACUGCUAUCUCUCAAGUUGUAGACAACAUUGUAUCAAACAAGUUGGAAGACAUUGUUGCUAAUGAAAUCAGUAACGCAAUUUUACCAGCAAUCCUGAAUGUUUUACAACCAUUCAAAGAUGAAAUGCACCUAGAACUAACAAAGAAGUUAAGUGCGACUGAUUCAUUGCUGAAAGAAAAUAUCUCUAAGAUGAUGACUAGUAAAGGUGUAAUGGAAGUAUUAAGUAAUUCAUUAAUGGUAUCAUUAACGCCAGCUAUCAAUCAGUGUAUCCAUGAUAUAUUUACCGCCAUUGGACUUCCCACAAUAGAGAAGACGUGCCAGACUAUGUUCUCUCAAGUGAAUAAUGCAUUCAGCAAAGGUGUUAAAGAAUAUGCAAAUAUUUUAGACCAGCACUCACGAGAUUCGUUGAAUCUGAGUUCAGAAUCAGCCAGCCAAAUCAAGGCAUCCACAGAAGUCAUGAAAACUGGGUUCCAGCAGAUGACAAUGGAGCUGAAAAAAUCCUUAGCCAAAUUGGAAGUUUCCUUGAACGACUCAAUAAUGAAGGGUCUACAGUCACAGCAGAUGACAUUGCAGGAAUGUGUUGUAAACACUGUUCGAUCCUCAAGAGCGGUGACCCCAGUUGUUGAUCUCAAUCAGCAUUUGCUCCACCUAGUUCAACAAAAUCAAAUUAAUUCUGCGUUCCAACAGGCGCUUAAUGCAAAUGAUCUUAGUCUAGUAGUUUUAGUAUGCUCCAAAGUAGAUCCUGAUAAAGUAUUUAUGAGCACAUCAUGCCUUCUUCAACCACCAGUACUGUUGUCCUUAGUUCAGCAACUUUCAGCUGACAUGACCUUAAACACGGAUAUUAAAAUAUUGUAUCUAGAGAAAGCUGUUUCUUAUUUUGGAGCAAUUCAGAACACACCCCAGUGGGAUGCCUUGUCUGCUGCUCCUGUCCUGCUUAAAAAUUUAUCCAUUCAACUCCACCAAUUCAUCACAAAUAACAGCAGUCACAAGCUUGCAUCGACCAUGAGAAUGAUUCUCAUGGCUAUCAAAACUCUCAUUCCUUGAAUACCAAUUCACUUCAAUCAAUCUCCAUUUGACUAUAAUUGGUAUGCAUUAUUCUUGCAAGAAACAUAACAGAACGGAAGUUUGAAAUAUCCGUCCAGAGUAAGCUAUAAACCAAUCAUUGUAACACUGUAGAUGAAUAUUCUUGUGUUUUAUGCAAGUAUUUUGUUAAAUUAUUGUGUUUGACGAUUGUGAAAUGAAGUUCUUGUGUGUAUGCAUAUACUGGAAGUAGUAUGAACAGUUCUCUGUGUUAUGAGGAUACUUUCAGUUUUCCUUUUUCUCUUUCUUGAAAGCUCAAUUUGUUCAGCCUGUAUUAAACUCUAGACCAUUUUAACCUUGAUUCUACAAAGAAACGUUAAACAAAUGUAUUCUGUCAGGGGAAAAAACAUUAAGAAACAAAUACAUCUCCCGCUUGAAUUUGUUUACAACGUAGGUAACAGUAAUGGACCAGUAGACAAGGUACGAAUUUAAUCAUUCUGAUAUAAGUUUCGAAGCCAGAAUUUCAAGUAGAACCUGAUCAGCUCAAUGAAAAUUAUUGAAAUCAACUCCUAAUUGAGAUAUUAACAUUUUUAUUUUAAAUUGGCUGCGGUAAGUUUGAAUUACCCGCUCACAAGAAAAGCAAUACUCCACACGAAUCAAAUUGCGCACUACAACGGUUUUGGUAGGCUUCUCAAUCGAGCUGUUCUUUUCCCACCGUGUAGCGUUCAAAAAGUAAACAACUUGUUCUAGCUGAUCAUGAGCCAAAGCAUCAAGAUUGAAGUUGCCAUAUUUUUGUAUUCUAGAGACUCACCACAACAUUUAGUGUGUGAUUUAACUCAAGUGGAUUAUUGUUUUUUUCAUGAGCGGAAAGUUUGAAUUUAUGCUUCAACAACAUUAUUAUCUUGGUUAGAUGAUUUCAGUAAUUAUAAUCAAUCGUUUUCCAUGUGAAAUUUUGGUUAAGAAACAUACAUCAGAAUGCUUAAAUUCGUACUUUGUCUACUAGUCCAUCCACAAAUGGUGUAAGCUACCAGUUCAACAAACUUAGUGUUGACAAAGCUUUUUACUUUCUCCUUUGAUAGAGAAGCCUCAUUGGUUCCUGUAGCAAGAUUUAAUGUGAUAUAUUAAUCUUUGUCUUAAAACCUGUGUCUUAAUAUACAUUUUUUUGUUUCAUACAUAAGAAGACUGUACGCUUUAGAAAUUUAUCUCAAUAUACUUUUUUUAUGUGUAUGCAUUGCAUUAAAAAAUUGUCAAUUUGAAUUAUGUUUUCAGCCAAUAAGUGAAGUAAAUAGAUUUACAUUUUUUUUAUUUUUUAAAGGUUCAGUAUAAUUUUCUGAAAGUGAUACAUCGAAGCUUCGCAGUUCAUUAUCAAAUCUGCUUCUGAUAUCUUGUUCCAAUGAUUUUUCAUAAUGAAUAUUCAGGUUUUUACUGUCAUAAAUGCUAUGUAUCCAAUUUUCAACUUUUAGAAAUGGGCGAACACUGACAUAUUUUAUUCAAAUGAUUUGCAGCCUUGUGCUCCAGGCUACUUGUGAAACACUAUUUUAUGUUUUAUAGAAUUAUUUUGUAACAUUUCCUCAGAUCCUCUUUUUCUUUUUUUGUUGUUCUUUUCAUACUCUCAUAGAACUUUAGACCACAAAUACUGUUUGAAAUGUAAUUAUUUUGUAUUAAAUCAUCGUGUACAGAAUGAA